AUGAGUGCUGGAAGAAUCGAAGUGCUACACUUGAACGAUUGCAACAACUUCUUGAUGACGCUGAAGCACACGCUGAAAGUGAAGGCAAGGCUGCAACUAAUAUCCAACGACUUUUUCGUGGAUAUCGAAUUCGCGCUCUUCUCGCCGUACAGACGUAUGAACUACCUCCACUUUACUAUUGACUUUGAAGUGAUUGUACUUAUCUAUGAACUUUAG